AUGAUCCUCAAGACCCUUCUCGUCCUGCUCCUGGCUGGGCUCAUUGCCGCCCAGGCGACCGUGACCGAGAUGUUCAUUGGGAUCAUGGAACCGCAAACCGAAGGCCUCAUUGCGUCCGUCAUGGGCGAAAACGCGGACGAAACCACCUACCUCGUUACCUGCGUGACCCCCCAGCAAACGACCCCGGUGACAUCAGGAUGCAGUCUGGCCGCAGACGUGACCGUCAUAGCCAAGCCAUCCACGACCCAAGUCUUCAGCACCGUCACGAGGGACGACUUCAUCGGCUACGAAUCCAUCAUCUGCGCCUUCGACAACUCGCCCCUGGUCACCUGCACCCAAACCACCCACAUGCAGGGGUCCCCGAUGCACGCCUACCACGAAACGUGGAGUGCGAUCGACCAAGCCGCCGGCUACGCCCUCGUCACUCAGAACCUCACGCGCUUCCCGGUGACCAUCACCGCUGGCGCUGGCGCCGUGACUUCGACGGCUACGGCGACCACCGACGAGGUCUUCACGCUGUUAAGCUCGUCGGUCCCCACGGCCACCGUGACGGUUCCCCAUGUGGUGGGUCCUUCGGGCUCGAGUGCCAAGAAUCAUACUUCGGGGAGUGGGAUGACUACUGGGAAUGCUGGUGGUACGGUUACUGGCUCGGCGAACGGGACGGGGCACGCCACGUCGACGAACGCGGUGACCUCGUCGAAGAGCCAGGGUACCGGGCCCUUGGUUACUGGGGAGGCGAUGGUGGUGGCGGGCGUUGCGGCUGUGGCGCUUGCGGCUGCUGUUGUUCUGUGA